AUGCUCUUUCCCAAUGCUCCUCCGUGGUUCAUCCACUUGUACGGGGAGGACGCCGCCGCGAACUAUGAUAUGCCCGGAUACGCGGCCGGCCUGACGCGUGUGGACGUCGCGCUCGGCACACAUCUGAACUCCAAAGGUUUCCAUAAGAGUCCGAUAGUGUUUGGAGCCAUUCCGUCGUUGCACUCGGCGAUGGCGGUCCAAUGCAUGUUCUUCAUCGCGUUCUACACCAAAUGGCGGUUCCCAAAGGUUGGUAUGUUCGCAUUUGUCAUUCUACAGUGGUGGGCCACGAUGUACCUGGACCACCAUUGGCGGCUGGACCUGAUCAUAGGACUGGCGUACGCAAUUAUUAGUUUCACCAUCUACAAACGGCGUCUUGAAAUAGUGGAGCGCAACUUUGUCAAAGCGCGACUGCGCGGCGACUUCGAAGCCGGCUCUUCGUACGGUAUGAGAGUGUUCCGCAAUCACUGGCUCAAAAGGCUGUUCGACCCAUACUUCUAA